AUGCCAAUAUCAGCGCCCAAAAUUCCCGAAGGUUUGCCCGAGCUGAUGCGCGGGUUGGCCAAGAGUGUCAUAAAAGAAAAUCCGGAAAAUCUGUACGUCCAUGCGGCCGAGUACUUUGAAAACUUAAUCCGUGAGCGUGAUGGCCACCUCGAGCAGGGCUAUCAAACGUUCAAUGCGUAUCAGGUAUACGCGGACUAUAAGGAGAAGACGCGUGAAAAGUUAGGCUUAACCAAGGACCCUUCGCUUAGUGAUGGUAUCGGCGGUGAUGGUGAUGAAAGUGGUAGUGGAGGAAGUGACUCUAACAUACGGGGUCGUAAGCGACGUCGCGCGCGUAAGCCUUCGUCACGGGAGAAGGAAAAUCCUCCCACGAUAGUGGGCAAUCCGUCGGUUAGCGAUGAAGGAGAGCCACAAAAAUUGAAAUCCGUUUCGGAAGACAGUGGUCCGGUACCGGUGGUGGAGCAGGAGAUUGUGAAAGUACAUUAUAAUCCACCGGAGGCGGUCCCGUCCCCGGUGCGGGUAGUUAGUGCACAAUCGGUGGAAGCAGACCAGGCCGUUUCGAGCAUUUUGGAUGAUGAACAGAUUCUUGAUUCGGACGGUACAGGUGGAAGAGAGACGGGCGAUGAGCUGGUUGAUAAUAGGGAUGAUAUAGGGACGGCUCCGAGCACUGCAGAAAUUGCGGAGCAAUCGCGUGUAGAGGAUGUUGAUGCAGAGCCGGGCACCAGGAUGAGCUUGCAAGAUAUGGAAACGUGUUUCAUGCAUGCAAAUGUUGAUGAUUUAUUAGAAAAGCGAAUUUCCGAAGAUACGGGCACAGUGGCGGAUGAAGGAGAAGAUAUUCCAGAGGGCCCACAGGCUAAAGUGGAACUUAAUGACGAUAUAGGUGAAGCUGAUCAUCAGCUUCCAGAAGUGGAGAAAGAGGUGAAGGAGAGUGAAGAAACUCAAUCUCAAACGGAGGCAUCGGUGGAGCAGCUGCUGGAGGCCGAUAGCAAAACUUCUUCAUCACUAAAAAUGCCUGCCGAAAGUGUCGUUGAUGCUGUUGCGGACGUAACUAAUAAACCCGAAGCGAUGGAUCAGAGUGAAGCUGAACCAGCUAAAGAAACUGAACAAAUCAUUGUUGACUCUGUUAAUGAACAAGCGGAAGAAAAAUCUAUGAAAAAUAGUGCAGAUGAACCCACUCUUGAAAGCGAAGUUAUAAAUGAUGAAAUCUUGCAAGUUAGUUCAGAUGAACCAAAAGAGGAACCAGAUACUUUGAGUGAAGAAAAAGAUACCACUGACACAAAAGUGGAUAGAGAGAGAGAAAUGAUAGAGAAUCCGAUCGAAUCCUCCGAAGCUACUAAUCUUAACGAAUCGAAAAAAAUAGAUGAUCUUUGCGAAGCACAAAAGCUAACUGAAUCAACGGAUAAUGUGGUGGAAACUGUUAAUGAAACAGAAAAUUUAUCUGCUGAAAAACCGGAAGAAUCACCGAUAAUUUCUUCCCGAAUAGGAUUCGAAGAGGAUGAAGUGGGAAAUGACGCAAAUGAGACCGUUGCCACAGAAAACGUGGAGACCAAUGAUGAUCCUGAAGAACAAGAACUUGCAAAGUCUGAAGAAGCAAAUGUGUCUGAUCAACCGAACGAGGUUCAAAUGAGUGAAGAAAGUGUAAAAGAUGAAAACAAUGUUCUCGUAACUACGCAAAAUGAAUCCGAUCAAAUCAUUGAUAAUGAUAACCAAGUUGAAAAUGAUAAACCUUCAGAGGAGCCGGUACCACCCGAGUCCACCGGUGCAAUAACAGAUGAAACAGCUGUUGAACUGAAAGAAGGAUCAAAAGAAGCGCAAGAUGAAAUUCCGAAACAAGAAAGUGAUGCUGCAGACGUUAAUGUUGAUGAAGAUCCAAAAGAAAGUGUAGCUGAAGGUAACAUAAAUAAAUCACAAAAGCAAACAGAAACAAAUGAGAAUACAAUCAUACCUGAACCUUCAAGUGAAGAUGCGACAAAAGAUGAGACAAACAAAGAAAAUUUGGUCAAAUUAGUUGAACCUAAUGAAAGCGUUUCAGCAGCCAUAGCGGAAGAACCCGUUCCAUUAACUCCCGAUACAAAACCUGAUGAAACCUUCUCCGAUCCAGCGGAUGCUCCUGAUGUUGAUGCAGAUGCAGUGGAAGAAAAAGAAACUUCAGAACCUAACAAAGGAGAAACAGAUGAUUUGAACGAAGGGGGCAAGAAUGAAAACUUCAAUUUACAAAGCAUCGAUCAAGAGGUAAAUGAACAAAACACUGAAACAGAUAAAAAUGCUUUGCUAAUAAAGGAUCAAUCUCUUGAAGAUGUAGUUCACGCUGAGGCAGAAUCGAGCGGCUCAGUAGUAGAUGCGGUAGUUACGAGCGGUGAUUUAAUUACUGAAGAGAAUGCUCUCACCAUUCCAGCCGGAACUAUCGUAGAUGAAGUAAAUACGAUCCCCGAACCAGCAGAGCUAGUUGCUGCAAAUGAUCAACAAGGUGAUGGCUCUGUUAAAGAGUAUAAAAUUCAGAAUCAAGAGUCAGAUGAAGUAAAAGUUGAUGCUAAAGGUGCUACAGAGGAUGAGAAGAGUCCGAAAGCAGCUGUACCCGAAAGUUUGGCAACAGAUGCGAGUUCCACAUUCGAAAAUGUUGUAAUUGAUGAAAUGCAGAAACUGCUUCAGGACGAUGUUAAUGAUAAAGAAAGUGUUGAAAAUAAUGCCGGAUCCUCCGAUACCAGGCCCGAAGAGGACAAACAUGUAGCAGAAAAUGUGGUCGGUACAGAGUCAUCGAAUGUAGAUGAAAAGGAUGCCGGUACGACAGUGCCUAGUGCAUCAGCAGAAGAACAGAAUGAUGAUACGGCAAGAAUUUCGCCUUCUGAGGUAAGCGUUGAUAGUAGUUCAGACAAGCCCGCAAAUGACGAAUCGUCAUCAACAAAUCAACCAGCUAGUGAUGCAAUGAUUGAAGCGAAAGAUGACACCUCUGUUCCUGAACCGGAACUUCCUUCCGCAUCAAUCGAUGAGCAACCACGUAAUGAGCGCGAAAAAAGCCUAGAAGCAGUUGUCGAAGAACCAUGCGUGAGGCGUGAAAUAUCACCCUCAAAAUCGGUUCGCCUCGAAAAAGACGACAGCACUGAGAAGCAGGUUGAAGAGUUGGAAAAAAUAAAAAAAGUCGACCUUAGUCAGCUGAGCAAGGACUCGGCUGAGGCUUUGUUUUAUACGCUGAAGAAAAGUGAGCUUGAAAACCAAGAGCCGAACGAUGAUGGGGUGGUUGGUAUGGAGGAGAAAGCUACGGUCGCUACUGAACCUCAGGAACAUACUACCGAGGACGAUGAUCAGGAUGUUGUGGUGAAGGAAGAGCCUCCACCAGCACCGAUCGAAGAACGUACUAAACGAUCAUUUACUGAUGAUUUUUUAGAUGAAACCCCCAUCACUGAAGCUCCAACUAAGGCCAUGAUGCCAGGUGAUGGGGUUGAUCAGCUUGCCGAUCAGGAACGAUCUUCACUAGAAGCGGACGAGCAGAAGGAUGAGUUCAAUCCUAUGGUCAUGGUAUCGAUGCGUUCGAAACAGUUCCAGGACCAGCUGCACAGCCGAGGAGCAGGGCAGAAGAUCGACGAUGAGCUAGGGACCGAUAGCACACCCAAACGUCCCAUCAUGCGGAGAUGCAUGACCGAAAUGUCCGGGCUAGAGCGGUACGAUGCACCGUUGGAAGACGAUCUUGUCGAUAGCCGCCAAGACGAUCCUAGUUAUGUCGAGGAAGAGGAUCAAUUCGAUGGAUAUUACAUAGGGCAUAUAAAGAACAAAAUUCUUGCCUCAUCCGUGUCGGUGGCUGAUUCCGAUUGUCCCGAUGGAACGAGAUCCUCAGUUGAGUCUGUCGGCGAGAACAAUGUGCGUACUGCGCUGGAAACGAUUGCUUCGACAGACACGGAGUCAACAAUUGCUUCACAGGCCACCACCAGGCAGGCCGGACCACGUAGCUAUCUGCGAAAGCACUCGCAGAACACUUCCUCUAACAUACCGUACGCGUCGUUCGGUAAUGCUGCCAUCGAUCAGUCGCUGGACGAGUUUAUCGAGCGUGAGGAGCAACACAAACAGGACGAAGCGAUGGCUGAAGCGGCCACAAAGAUUCAGCGAUCGUACCGGACGCACAAGAAGCGAUUGUUGCGCGAUUAUCACAGCACGAUGCGGACCUUCACCGAGGAUCAGUCGGCGGAAAGUGGUGAAGAGUAUGCGGCUAACGUGAUCCAGAUCAAGCUGGACCAGAGACGUGCUGAGGCAGACCCAUCGGCGGUGGGUGACGCAGGCGAGGAAAGUGAUACGGCAGUGACGACACCGGGAAAAGUUGGAUUGACCGCAACUGGUAAACGGCCGAUGUACAGCUUGAACAUUGACGAGUACGACACGGUUGCACGACGCAUGACACUAACACGCGGUGUAGCAAUGCAGCGUAACUCGACCCCAGACGAAGACUCCGGCAAGUCGACCAACGCGUCCACCGAUCGGAAGCCAUCGUUAAGUAGUCCAGUAGCUGUGAAGGAUCCAACACCGGCAGCCAGUGGAUCCGGUGAAAGUCCUUCAUCGGAUGAAAAGCCUGCGGAACGCGAUACAGCCGGCAGUUCGAGCGAUGAACGGGAACAGAAGGAUGCGCUAAGUUCAUCACGAUCAAAACCGAAAAGUGGUCCCGCAUCGACUGUACCCAGCCGGGAACAGCGCACCGAACCACUGGUGCCCAGAACCGCUACCAGCCGAACAUCAUUCGCACCGCUGGACGUGCAGAGCUUGCUGCUGAUUGCCCGGCAGCGCACGAUGCCGGUACAGAUCGAUUCGUCCGUCAUUCGAGUACUUCCCAAACAUAUGCGUAAACGGAUCAGCAGUGCGGGUGUGAUGAACAGCAAUGGCAAGCGAAAGUAA